AUGUUGGAAAAACUGACGUUAUACAUUGGAAUAUACCUGAUACUGUUGCACAGCAAAAUGAAAGUUUCCUUAAGCCCGACACUGACGAUGACCACGGAAGAGUCGGCCGGUCAGCAGCCCUACUUCGACUUUGAUGUACAGCGAAAUCUCACCGUAACCGUGGGCCAGACGGGCUUCCUGCACUGCCGAGUGGAGCGGCUCGGCGACAAGGACGUGGCUUGGAUCCGCAAGCGAGACUUGCAUAUCCUCACGACCGGUUCUUCAACCUACACAUCGGACCAGCGAUUUCAGGUGAUAAGGCCCGAAAACUCCAUCAACUGGACGCUGCAGAUAAAGUAUCCCCAGGUGCGGGACUCCGGUGUGUACGAGUGCCAAAUCAACUCCGAGCCGAAAAUGUCACUGUCCUACGUGCUCAAUGUGAUUGAACUGCGAGCGCGGAUAUUGGGACCGUCGGACAUAUUUGUGAAAUCGGGCAGCGAAAUCAUCAUGACUUGCGUCAUUCAACAGGGACCACAUGACCUGGGCACGGUGUUCUGGUACAAAGGCAACACGCUGAUAGAAUCCACCAUUCAGGAGAACAGCAUCCAUACGAGUGAGAACCAGAGGAUCACCGUGGAAACUGACUGGACGGAUGGAUUGACGUCCAGGCUAAAGAUAAAACGAGCGGUGCAGGGCGACACCGGCAACUACACGUGUGUGCCAACCAUGGCCAAAUCAUCCAGCGUGUAUGCACAUGUAAUUAGUGGUGAACAUCCGGCAGCAAUGCAGCACAACGGAGCGAUUAGAACGUUUGUUGUGUCGCGGCCAACAAUUCUUCUAGUUUCGGUGACACUUUUAGUGCAUAUAGCUUUGAGUAAGCAGUUUAGAAUAUGUCACAAUCGCGAUGGAAGAUGA